CACCACCACCACCACCACCACCUCGACAUCAACGUCUACAACCAUCAGUUCGGCAACAUCCACCUCGACAACCAACAGUUCCACAAUAUCAAGCUUGA